ACAGAGUAACAGAGUCACAGAGUCACAGAACCACAGUCACAGAACCACAGUCACAGAACCACAGAAUCACAGAACAUGCUGAGUUGGAAGGGACCCACAAGGAUCAAGUCCAAUCCUUACCCCUGCACAGGAUCAACCCCAAGGAUGACACCAUGAACUUGUCGUGUAGUUGGUGAUGCAGAAGAGGACAAGGUGCUUGUCCAAGGUGCUUGUCCCACAUCUUCUGUCCUCCAGGGGUGAUGUUUUGCCCUGUGCCUCCUACUCUUGCUUCAGGUAGAGUGAGGGUCACUUCUUGUGCUGUCCCAUAACCUGUGGGAGCCCCUGCAGUGCCUUCCCCCACGGCUGGAAGGAGAGCACUGUCCACAACUUCCUCAGGGGGGGCAGAGGAGGGGCAUCACCAACCUCUGCUCUCUGACCAGGGACAGCACCCAGGGAAUGGCCUGGAGCUGUGCCAGGGCAGGGUCAGGUUGGACAUCAGGAGAAGGUUCUUCCCCCAGAGGGUGGUUGGGCACUGCCCAGGUUCCCCAGGGCAGUGGGCAUGGCCCCAAGGCUGCCAGAGCUCCAGGAGGGUUUGGACAAUGCUCUGAGGGACAGGGUGGGAUUGUUGGGGUGUCUGUGCAGGGCCAGGGGUCGGAUGGAUGGUCCUUGUGGGUCCCUUCCAGCUCAGGAUAUCCCAGGAUUCCCUGAACAGCAGCUGCUGUCAGCAAACCCCCCCUAAAGCACCCGCAUGAACACUCAGGAUCCGAGCUGGCAGCAGGAGAACUGGGGGGUUCCAAGACCAUUCCAGGGAGGGAAGGCAGAGUCUGGGAAUGAUGAGAGAGUGCAGAGCCUUCAGGCAGCCCCUCACCAUCAGUGCUGCCUGUGGGAUGGGCCAGCUGGGAGCUGCAUGUCUGAGUGUGCCGAGGUGCUUGGCAGUGGAACCAGUGAUCUCGAUGUCUGCUUGCCUCCAGUGUUUUCCCAGCCCAGGAGUCCUUCUGAGGAGUUUUGAUGUCUCAUGGAGAGCUUUGCAAGCUCUUUCCACUGCCUGUUAUUGAGUCAGGGUGUAGGCCCACAGAAGUGGUUUGUAGAGCUGGGGAUGGAGAAGUGCUGGAAAGCUCCAACACUGAUAUUUGGUGCUGGGUGGAGGUGGUGGAAGGAGACUCAGUGUGGAGAGGACUGUCCCUGCUUUUCAAACAUCCUUCUCCUGCUGAUUGGAGAAUCCUGGGGGGUCUCCAAUGAAGGCAAGGAAGGGAGAAGAGCAUAUGGAUUUCUCUUGAUGUUGAAUUCCUGAUUCUGAAACCUUACAGAGUGUCCAAGAUGACAGGGAAGUUUACACCCAGCCCUGCUGCAGUUGGGUAUUCGCUUAAGCAAUGGAUGUGGUGACUCCUGCCACAGAAAACACAUUUUAAGCCUGGCCUAUUAUUUUAGAGUUGCCAGAAGCCAUGCCCUGUUCAUUAUGAGAAGCCUCUCCCGCAGGGCAAAGGGCCUGGACUCACCUGGAGAAAUGGGACACUCAGCACCCGCUGCCUCAUCUGCCCGUGCUGACGUGUCCUGGCCCCUGGGAACAUUUUGGCCUCUAAUAGUGGCACUUGAAAGGAGCCUGGGAGGCUGACUGGGCAUGGCAGGGCCAGGGAAAUGAAAAGGCACUUUGCAGUGUUCCCAUUUCUGUAAUUGGGAUGUUUUGCAUGGGAGAUGAGCUUGGUAAACACGUUCCAUGUGCAAAGGUGCUUCUGGGCCCGGGGCUGUGCGGGGCUCUAUAAAAGCCCGUCCGACUGCAGGCUCCUCAUCCACUUCUCCUGCCUUCUCCUCCUCGGUGAACCAGGUGUGCCACCCCCAGCCAUGUCCUGCUACGACCUGUGCCGUCCCUGCGGCCCCACCCCGCUGGCCAACAGCUGCAACGAGCCCUGUGUGAGGCAGUGCCAGGACUCCCGGGUGAUCAUCGAGCCCUCACCCGUGGUGGUGACGCUGCCCGGGCCCAUCCUGAGCUCCUUCCCCCAGAACACCGCCGUGGGCUCCACCACCUCCGCCGCCGUGGGCAGCAUCCUCAGCGAGUCCGGGGUCCCCAUCAACUCCGGGGGCUACGGCCUGGGCAGCCUUGGUGGCCUCGGUGGCUACGGCCUCGGUGGGCGCUACUGUGGCCGGAGGUGCCUGCCCUGCUAAAGCCUGAGCCCAGCGAGGGCCUCGCCCAGGGAGCCCAAAGCCGGACUGAGGAUGGAGCUGCUGGCCAGCGCUCGCCCAGGGCUUUCCUCCUGCUGCCCAGGAGGGAGGCAGAGGUGGCCAGCUGAUGUCUCGUGCUUGUCCUGCUCUCUUCUGCUCCUCGGGAGCCCCUGUUGUCUCUGCCCUGCUGUGCCGGGGGUCCCUCCUGCCUCCAGCGCAGCGGGGUCCUGCUCCUGGCGCU